CUCGGCACACAAACCAAAAAAACACGUCGAAGAUGUUGGGGGAUGCGAAAUCUACGGAAGAGGUGGAGGGGUCAUCGUCACCGUGAAUCGAUCCGCAAGAAAUUCGAAUCCGACGGAUUAGACGCGAGCUACCAGGAGAGAAAGCACGCCGUGUCCGUUUUCUCUUCCUACCGAAACGACGAGGAACAGCCCUUCGAGUUCUCGACCUCUCUUUUAACUUAGCUGGCCAUUGGGGACUCGAUCCGGGUUCGCGCUCGCUCUCCACUACUUCGGAAACUCCCACAAGAAACUAAGAAGACGAUCCCCCAAAGCCCUCUCGGUCUCGGUCGAGUUCCUGAGAACGAGCAGCGAUUGUGUACUUCGUUCUAGGUUUAUAUGGGUUCUGGAGGAACUGCGGAUUUAACCGGGGACUGUGAAGACUUCAUAUGUGCAGAGUCUGUGAAAAAGUCGCAUCUUUUAAGAGUUAUCGAUGCUAAUCAGCAGGUCUCGGAGCAAAUUGCUAUGAUUGGCAAGGAAGAUCGAGAUAAUCUUGGGCCGAAUACUCCUGAUACUGACAGAGAGGAUGGGGAAGUUUUUGUGAGAACCAAAUGCCCACCCGCUCUGCCAGAGAUGAUGUUGGGAGUAGAUGUCCUUGAUUCUUCCCGGGAAAAAGAUGAUCAAGCGCUUGCUCAUGUCCAUCAGACCAGUAGCCCUCACACGCCUAAAGACAGCAUUUUUGACCCGUUUGCGCCUGGUCCAGAAGAUUUGUUGCUGGCACCCCGAUGCGAUAAGCGCCUCGAUGAAUGGAGAAGCAGUGUUGCGCGCCGCCUCAAAUUCGGUGGCUUCGCGAGUAGCUUGGAAGAUCGAACUCACAUGAACUGUUCGAGCGCUCCAUCCGACGAAGAGAUUGUUGAUUCGGUGUAUGAUAUUAUUUGGGAAGUUGUCAUCGUGAAUCGGAUGGAAGAAGUUUCCGCUAGCAUUUCGGGCGCAGGCUGGGAUUUCGCUAGAUGCAAUACUCCUCAUUCGGAGCUCCUAUUGAAUGGCAUUGCUGAGACCUGCCCCGACGCUCCCAUGAAGUCUUCGAUGGGGUCUAGGAAUAUCAGUUUGGACACAUGCAAAAAGCUUCUGUUUUGAUCACCAUCCAGCUCGCGCUGCAGGCUGUACUUAACAGCGGUACUAACUUCAUUAAGUAAAUGUGCUCGUUUUGAAACUCUGAUCGUUAGCAUUUUAGUAGCCUUUUGUUCUAGGAAUAUAUCUUAAGCAAAUAACAAGUCUGUCUUACGCUUUGCCCACCAUGCUUAUGCUGCUUACGUUGUACAGUCAACUCGUGUUCUUGGCAUUGCAUUCUGGCAAAACUUGCUUAUUUCAUUGAAGUACAUUGUGG